CAAAAAAACUCAAUCUUACGCAAAACCUUCUCAAAAUAAACACGGGAAAUAGCAGAAAAGUAAAAAAAAAAUAGAAAAAGAAAAGAAUUACAUUACACAAAAACGAAUAUCAUGGAUCAGGAUCAACCCAAAUUUGUGGUGGAAGCCUCAGAGGCUGAGUCCAUUGCCCAAAAACUAGGCCUAUCUUCAGUCCGCCACCUCCUUCCGGCCUUGGUUCAACCGGCCCAGACUCUCGCCCGGCCGCCCAUCUCCAACUACCACGUCGGUGCCGUCGGCCUCGGCUCCGACGGCCGUAUCUUCCUCGGCGUUAACCUCGAGUUCCCUGGUUUACCCCUUCACCAUUCCGUCCACGCCGAGCAAUUUCUCCUCACGAACCUCGCCGUCCACCGUUGCCCCCGCCUCGUUGCAUUCGCCGUCUCCGCCGCCCCUUGCGGCCACUGCCGACAAUUCCUUCAGGAACUCCGUAACCCUUCUUCCCUCCAAAUCCACAUCACUUCUCAGCACCAAAACAAUCCCGAUGUUGUCACAUUUGAACCAUUGAGUGAAAUCCUGCCUAACCCAUUUGGUCCGUUUGAUCUAUUGGAUGACGAAACUCCUCUGCUCCUCGAGCGCCAUAACAACGGUUUAUCUCUGUUUAAUGAUAAUCAUGAUGGAGAUCUGUGCAAUGGGUUUUCAGAUAAUGAUUCAAAAAGAGUUAAUGGCGUUGUGAAUUUAAGCAAUGGAUUUUGCAAAAAGACUGAAACAGAAAAUACUAACCUUUUAAAGAUUGCAGCUUUAGAAGCUGCUAAUGAUUCACACGCGCCUUACAGCGGUUGUCCAUCAGGGGUGGCACUCAUGGAUUCUGAAGGCAAGAUUUACAGGGGUUCUUAUGUGGAAUCAGCUGCUUAUAAUCCAAGUUUAGGGCCAGUACAGGCGGCAUUGGUGGCUUAUGUCGCCGGAGGUGGUGGUGGAUAUGAGCGGAUUGUGGCGGCGGCUUUGGUGGAGAAGGAAGGUGCAAAGGUAAGGCAAGAGGAUACGGCAAAGCUAUUUUUCAAGAUGGUUUCUCCUAAAUGUGACUUGAGGGUGUUCCAUUGCUCAUUUGCUAAGAAUGGAUGUAUAAAGGAUUGAAAUUUAUGUGAGUUUAACCAAUAUUUGUUCAUUAGUAGUCUGCAUUGGCUUUGUACAAAUAUCAAGUUUGAUGAUGAAUCAAUUCAUGAAUAAAUAAAAAUUUAGUCCUACUCUUUUUAUGAUGAUUCA